AUUCAGUCGAAUUCUCCUCUUCCAAAUUAUUUCGGUGGAGAGCUUAAACGGGUUGCUUCUCCUUAAAGCUCCAUAAAACAGCGUGCACUUCUUCGGCCCCUCAGCCUUCCACACAAUAUGCUCGCGCGAAACAUUGUCUCUUUGGUUCUUUCUAUGAUAGCUGGAAUUGUUUCUCUGGGAUCUCUUUUCGGUUCAUGUCUGAUGAGACGGCCAAAGCAUAAUCCAAAAGCAAUACCGUUCAAAUCGUUUUUCACCUUCCUUUUAAGUCAAUUAAUGUAUCGACCCACGUGGUGAAUUUCAUAUACCGGUCAGGAAUGUCCUUGGCUGACAAUCCAUUCUAGAUAUACAGCAUCUAUGACAUAUUGGCAAUACAGGAUUUUUAGAGGAAAAUCAGCAAGCAGCGCCAUAUUUUUCGUCACUCAAAUCUGCGAAUAUGUGCAGAGUAUCCUUAUCCUGAGUAUAUUUCAUCGGCUUAUACAUGCCUACAAGGCGCAGAAUCGAAACGAGACCACAAAGACGAUUCUUCCGUCAAAAGUACACGGCAGUACUUUGGUGCUCCUGAUUUUUAUUUCUACCGCGUAUUUGACCACCCAGGCAAUGUCAAGUUUUGGAUCCGACGAAGACUAUGAUUGGAAUUUGACUCAACGGCUCCAACUUGCGUGCGACGGCCUCAUUUUAAUCGCAUCCCUAGAUAUCAUGUUCAAAAUAUUCACAGUUAUCCGCGAAUCGAAAAACGCCAAAUGUUCUUCUAUGGUGCGUUGCUCUCCAUGGCUUGCUAGUUGCAUCGUUGAGGUGCUGAUGCUGACGGACAAACAGAAUGGAGCUCCCUCUCUCGCUGUUGGGGGGUUCUUCCUUUUUACCUACAGUCUAUUUCUUCUCGUUAUGGAUAAUAUGAAAUCAAGCACGCAGGAAAAAAUCAUAUCGAUCCAAGAAAUAGUGACGGCUAUCUGCACAAUGGGGCAAUGCAUAGGCAUUGUCCAUUGUUGCAUGCAGCAGCAUAGAUUAGGGGUCUAUGGCCUACGCAGCCCAUCCUCUGCGGACGAUGAGCGAGCGCACAUACUUACGGCCUCUAAUGAGGGAAUGCUCUAGGCAGAAGCUGUCUAGUUGUUCUGGUCUGUUUAAUUUUGAAUCUCAUGUAGCAAUAAUGUGAAGGAAUGUGAAGGUGUGGCAGUUGAGUUUAUAACAUUGCAGUAAUCGAAGAGAAUGAUAUCAUGGGCUUGGUAUUUUGAUCCAGGAAUUGACUGUGUUCCUAUACAUUGGUAGUUCGAUUAAGAGAGCCUUCAGGUCAAACAUGGCUAUUGCGGACUCCAUCUUCCCCUCCUCAAAUUGAAUGCAUCGUACAAUCCGGGCGGCA